AUGAUAUAAGAGUAAUUGGAAUUUCAUUUAAAAAUUCUGAAAUCAAUAACUCAACUCUUAUCAUUCUUAAUAAUAAUAAUAGUUUAAGUGAUAUAACCAUUAAUAAUAGCUCAUUUAAAUAUCUUCAUUAUGGAAUUGUUAAUCCUAAUUAAGUCUUUAAAGAGAAUUUAAAUAUAAAAUUUGCAGAUAUUUAUUUAUUAUAUAAUGAAUAUCAUUAAACUAUAAAACUUAUUUAUUUUAAAAAAUACAAUAAUGGAUAUUCAUCCAUUAAAAUCAAUAAAUUUAAUUAUAUUUAAUAAUUAUUCUACAUCCAUUUAAUCUGAUUUUAAUUUGAAAACCUAAAACCUAGCUUUAAUUGUCAUGCUGCAUAUAUAACAAACUUAAAUAUCUUAAGAGAUUAUGGAUAAAAAGAUUUUAUCAUAUUAAAUGCAAAGUAUUAAGGAUUGA